CUGUGGGUGUGUGUUGGAGGAGAAGGAGAGAGAAAGUGAGGAGAGAAGUUGUGUUUAGACUCUCCGGAGCGCUUUUAUUUACUUGUUAUCCGCUCUAUAACACAGUUACAGUGCUAUUGUACUGUAUAGUGCUCUAAACCGCAGCGUUCAGUUCAGUUUUACUGCGGAACCUCUGAAGAGGCAGUUCAGCCGGACUGUGGAGUAAAGGCGCUUCUCCGCGGACUGAGAGCUGCUGCUGCUGCUGCUGAGUUUCCUCGCGCCUGUCUGCAGCAGCUCGGCCGGACCUCGCGUGUGAGUUGAACACGGAGGGUGUUCUGAUCUUCCCGGCGCUCGUGCACUGCGUCGUCUCCCGCUGUGAGUGCUGGGGACUGCUGCGUUCUGACCGGGAGCACCGGGAACCGGGAGUCUGUUGUCAUGGCUACUGAGGACGCCACCUCCGCGAGCUCUGUGUGAACCAAAUGAAAUUAUUCUCCUGAAAUUCAUCACGAACAACCAGGAUAUUUAACUAAGAGCAAUGUUAAACUGCUGAAAGAGGUGAAGCACAAGCCGUCCAGAAGAAUCUCCAGAACACGCAGAAAUUGUUUGCUACGUUUAACAGACAAAUGAAGCCAAGUCCCGACAUGGAGCAACAUCAGCACUCUGUCAAGAGUUUUACUAAACAGAGUGAUCUCAAAAAACACCAGCACAUUCACACAGGAGAGAAACCGUAUCAAUGCUCAGACUGUGGGAAGAGUUUUAAUCUACAGAGUACUCUCAAAAUACACCAGCGCAUUCACACAGGAGAGAAACCGUAUCACUGCUCAGACUGUGGGAAGAGUUUUAAUCAACAUAUUCAUCUCAAAAAUCACCAGCACAUUCACACAGGAGAGAAACCGUAUCACUGUUUAGACUGUGGAAGGAGAUUUACUGCACAGAGUCAUCUCAAAAUUCACCAGCGCAUUCACACAGGAGAGAAACCGUAUCACUGCUCAGACUGUGGAAAGAGUUUUACUACACAGAGUAAUCUCAAACUGCAUCAGCGCAUUCACACAGGAGAGAAACCGUAUCUCUGCUCAGUCUGUGGGAAGAGUUUUACCGAACAGAGUACUCUCAAAAACCACCAGCGCAUUCACACAGGAGAGAAACCGUAUUACUGCUCAGACUGUGGGAAGAGUUUUACUCAACAGAGUAAUCUCCAAAAUCACCAGCGCAUUCACACAGGAGAGAAACCAUAUUACUGCUCAGAAUGUGGGAGGAGUUUUACUCAACAGAGUAAUCUCCAAAAUCACCAGCGCAUUCACACAGGAGAGAAAACUCCAUCUCAAAUCAGUUUCAAGGCAAUUAAAAGCACCAAUUGUAAGUCUUUCAGACAGAACACCUUAUCCUACACAAAUGUUUCACUUUGUCACUUGGGACACGUUCCACCAGAAACAAACAUGAGCUGAAUUUAACAAUGGAUUUUACAGGUUCAGCAAAAUGAAUCUUACCCAGGGAUGAUGUUUAUUGAAUUCCAUUUUAUGUUUUCUUAUAUGUUCGAUAUUCCAGAACAUUCUUCGUGAGACAGAGCUCAGUUUUAGGGUAGUUACAAUUACUGAAGAAUGGAAAAAAACUUAGUCUUUAAAAUUUAGAUGUGAUAGUUAGAGUAGGAUUCUUAGCUGACAACUAAACGUUUAGGACCAAAUCUUCAGAGCUUAUGAUUUGAAUGCUUUUAAUCUCCUUUCUAGUUUAUGCAGAUUAGAUUAUUUCUAUUCAUUUCUAGUAUCUCUGUUUUCACUCUGUGGAAUCUGUCCUCAGUUCCCCAGGCUUAGCAUAGCGUAGCUUAAUGCUAUUAACUGCUAGGCCCAUCUGUAUGAAAGAAGAAGUGAAAACACCAGCUGAGAAACUCCAGAGAGUGCUCCCAAAAGUGAGACCGGAGGAGAAUCCAGACCCCACAGAGAGGCCAACAAAAUCCUUGUUCUCAUUUGUCUAUGGUUCAGUCAGUCUGAUUAAAAAUCUGUUAUCUGUUAGGGAUAUUUGGUUGUGUUGUUUUACUCAAGUUUCACACUCUUUUUCUUAUUAGAUAUCAUAUGUUGCUUAAGGUUUUUUAGUCUCCAAAGUUACUAAGAAUAUCCAAUUUAUUUAGUUUGAUUGUUUUUAUCCAGUACCAAAUAUUAUCUUUGUAUUGCUUUACCUCUAUAUUUACUCAUAUGUCUGUGUGUUUCAAUAGAAAAGACUUUUAUAUUGAAAUAUCCACUCAAGAAAUGGUUGAUAACCUCUCUGUGACCUGAUGGAUCUUCAGAACCUCUUAUGUUAUUAUUUGUAAGUACUAACAGGCAGCCAAAUGAGAAUUCCAAAAAUGUAGUUACCCUCAGCAUACCAAGAUACAGAGCAUUUAGCAGAUGCUCCCAAAGGUUUACAAUGCUAGUAAGUCUAUAAAAUCUAUAUUUAUAUAGCACUUUUCCAGAGCAACUUGUGUGUUACCGAUUACAAUAAAUAUAUAAAAAUAGAUAAAA